GCACCGCUCCGCAGACAGACGCGCGUCUCCUCGGCUCUGGGCCGGCGCUGUUCAGGCGGGUCUGAGUGCAUGGAGCUGCUCCGAGGCGGGGGCGGCUUUCGGACACCUCCGGGGGCUCGGUGAACGUUGACAGGCUGAGCAGCGGAGAAGAAGGAAGACGCCCCGUGCCGAGUGUGGACAUCACGUUGAGCCGCACGGAGGAAUGCGCAGCUGGGAGCCAUGCUGAAGCCGGCCAGGGCGCUCCCACAGCCGAACAACGCCGUCGCCAGCAGCAGCAGCCUCCCCUCGCUUCGGCGCACAUGGACUGAGCAACGGGGAGCUGCCGCUGUCACCGCCGCAGAAUAAAAGAGGACACGGAAAUCGACAGAGGAGGAAGAGAGGAUUUAAAACAUGAAAUGCUUUUCCCGCUACCUGCCGUACCUGUUCAGACCUCCGAGCACCAUCCUUUCGUCCAGCUGCCACACCGAAGCUGACAUAAUAUCCACGGUUGAAUUCAACCACACAGGGGAGUUGCUGGCGACUGGAGACAAGGGCGGCCGUGUGGUGAUCUUCCAGCGCGAGCAGGAGAGUAAAAACCAGCCUCACCGGCGAGGGGAGUACAAUGUUUACAGCACCUUUCAGAGCCACGAGCCCGAAUUUGAUUACCUGAAGAGCUUGGAGAUCGAGGAGAAGAUCAACAAAAUCCGAUGGCUGCCCCAGCAGAACGCCGCCUACUUCCUGCUCUCCACCAACGACAAGACGGUGAAGCUGUGGAAGGUCAGCGAGCGCGGCAGGAGGCCGGAAGGCUACAAUCUCAAGGACGAUGACGGCCGCAUUCGAGACCCUUCUACCAUCACCAUGCUGCGGGUUCCUGUUCUGCAGCCCAUGGACUUGAUGGUGGAGGCCACGCCGCGGCGGGUCUUCUCCAACGCGCACACGUAUCACAUCAACUCGAUAUCGGUGAACAGUGACUACGAGACGUACAUGUCGGCCGAUGACUUGAGGAUCAACCUGUGGAACCUGGAGAUCACCAACAGGAGCUUCAACAUUGUGGACAUCAAACCGGCCAACAUGGAGGAGCUGACCGAGGUGAUCACGGCGGCCGAGUUUCACCCAAACCAGUGCAACACGUUUGUGUACAGCAGCAGCAAAGGAACCAUUCGGCUGUGUGACAUGAGGGCCGCUGCUCUGUGUGACAAGCACUCCAAGUUCUUUGAAGAGCCUGAAGACCCCAGUAACAGGUCCUUCUUCUCCGAGAUCAUCUCUUCCAUCUCGGACGUCAAGUUCAGCCACAGUGGGCGGUACAUGAUGACCCGGGACUACCUUACUGUAAAAGUGUGGGACUUGAACAUGGAGAGCCGGCCGCUGGAGACAUAUCAGGUGCACGACUAUCUCAGAAGCAAGCUGUGCUCCCUUUACGAAAACGACUGCAUCUUUGAUAAAUUUGAAUGUGUGUGGAACGGCUCGGACAGUGUCAUCAUGACCGGCUCCUACAACAACUUCUUCCGAAUGUUUGACCGCAACACCAAGCGGGACGUCACGCUGGAAGCUUCUCGGGAGAACAGCAAACCCCGAGCUAUCCUGAAGCCCCGCAAAGUGUGCGUGGGGGGCAAGCGGCGGAAGGACGAGAUCAGCGUGGACAGCCUGGACUUUAGCAAAAAGAUCCUGCACAGCGCCUGGCACCCGUCGGAGAACAUCAUCGCCGUGGCCGCCACCAACAACCUGUACAUAUUCCAGGACAAAGUGAACUAGCGGCGCGCGCUCCUGGCCGCCGGCUUCGACCUUCCAGAUUCUUCUUUUUGGCAGACCCUUCUAGCAUCCCUGCAUCUCUGGGGGGGGGCCAUUAGUAGACAGGACGACGACAAUGGCGGCCCCUCCCCCACCCGAAGACUGGUCUCACGAGCCGAAGUGCGCAUGCGCGCACCGCACACAGGAGAGCCCGACUCGUUUGGGAGGGACGGCAAUUCAACUAACUGGCCAAGGCCACAUCAGAGGGGCAUGUAGCAGAAAUGUUCGUUAUUUAUUUAUUUGUGUUUAGGGAUUUACGUUUUGUUUUUAUGUUUGUUUCAUACACUGGGCGGCGUAAAAAAAAAAAAACAACAAAGAAAAAUCUUAAGUUCCCAGAAUUCCGUGAAAAGAGCAGCACGCUGGAUUGACCGGCAAAUGUGGCAAAAGGACGCCAUCUGCUGGUAAAGAGGAGCUACUGCAACCGCUAGUUCGAAGGUAUAGCUCGGGUUCGAGGAGCUAUUAGUGCCUUUCUGGUGUUUUCAAUGCUCUGGACGGUGUUACGAGUGUUUGGGUUGGGGUGGUGGGGGGUCCUCAGCCUAACGGGAGGAGCUCCAGUAGAUCUCCCACAAUGCUGCACCGUCCCGCUCCGCUCAAUAUGUAAUCUUGGGACACUUCUGAAAUAUUAUGAGCCGCUGCAACGCCGUGAAGCUCACGUUCCAAGUUUCGGGGUCCCUGUAGUCCGUUCCUGAAGAUGUUUCCUGUCGUUCUUGUCGCCUUCUUAGAAUGUGAAAGCUCCACAAGAUGGCUUUGUCGAGAGCCUCCCCGCGAAGCUUUGGGGUGAUGCUGCCUCCUGAUUUUGCUGUGCUGGACACUUCCAAGGCGACACUUGACGGAUUGAAGAAUUCCGCUCAGUGUUUCUACCUAAAGAUGUCACAUUUUUUGGACAGUCUUCCGUCUUCGUUUCCUCUUCUAUAACGGCUUUCGCCUUCAAUUCCUUUUGAAUUUGAUUCCACGUUCGUUCUAAAGGAUGGCUUCUAUGCUGCUAAUUCCCACGACACCAGUGUUCUCGGCACCCGUGCCAGCUGCUUCAGAAGAGCGUUGGAAUUUCGAAAGGUCGCUCUACGGAUUUGGAUUGUUUUUCUUUUGCAUGUCAGUCCUGCCGCCUGUCGGGAUGACGGAAACCGAGAAUCGCAGAGGUGCAUCCCAACAGGCGACCAAGGGUUAUGAAAUCAGGGAAUUUUAGGUCUAAUUCCAAUAAUCUUGUCUUCUAAGCAACUAAUGUUGUUAAACUUCUUAAAGAAACGACGGUUUUAUAGCGCUGAAUGUAUUUAAACGUAUUUAAUUGUCAUGCAGUCUUAAUGCUUCAUAGAAUUCAACGAAGUAAAAACGUUCUGUUGGUUGAAACGA